AUGUCUUACACUAAGAGGCAUGUCAAGAUCGACGAUCUCUGGCCUGCGCCGGAGAAAGAUAAAUACACCAAAAACAGAGAACCCUUGAAGUUAACAAUACCAACUCUUCUUCUCUUUUGCUCCAUUUGUCUCAUCUUCCUUAUCCUCACUUCCCCCUUCACAUCUCACCCACAAACAACAUCAUUUGCAUCACUCACUCGCACGUGCGACCAAAAUUUCACAGUCUACGUCUACGAUCUUCCCAAAGAGUUCAACAACAACCUCCUCCAAAACUGCCGACACUUGAACAUCUACACCGACAUGUGCCCUCACGUGGCCAACAACGGCCUCGGACAACCUCUCCUCCUCCGCAAUGGCAGCGACAACACCGGAACGUCGUGGUUCGCGACGCACCAGUUCAUAGCCGAGAUGAUUUUCCACGCACGUGUUGAAAACCACCCGUGCCGCACGUGGGAGCCAAACGAUGCCGACAUUUUCUACGUUCCCUUUUACGGUGGGCUCUACUCUUCAAGCGUGUUCAGAGAACAAAACCUAACGAAGCGCGACGAGCUAGCCGUUAGAUUAGUCGACUUUGUUAGUAGUCAACGGUGGUGGAAGAGAAGCAACGGUCGAGAUCAUUUCUUGGCGAUCGGAAGAACAGCUUGGGAUUUCAUGCGACGAGAUGAUGAUGAAGAACCUGACUUUGGGGCUAACAUGCUCAUGCAAAUGCCACGUGUCAUGAACAUGUCGGUGCUGACUGUUGAGAGGCAACCGUGGAAUGGUGAGAAUCAGUUUGGUAUACCAUAUCCUUCUUAUUUUCACCCGUACACGUCAGCAGAGAUGGUGACGUGGCAAGACAAGGUAAGAAGAGUCGAGAGACCAAACUUGUUUAGUUUUGUCGGUGGGCCGAGGAAAGGGUUGGAGAAAGCAGCCAUUAGAGACGAGCUGAUCAGACAAUGCGCCGACUCGAGCCGUUGUGAGCUUCUCAAGUGUGAGAGUGGAGGGUCCAGGUGUCACGACCCAAUGACGGUAUUAGGAGUGAUGGCUCGGUCACGGUUUUGUCUACAAGCACCAGGAGACUCGUUCACGCGCAGGUCAACGUUCGACGCAAUAUUAGCCGGAUGCAUACCGGUGUUUUUUUCACCACACACUAUGUAUACACAGUACAAGUGGUAUCUUCCGGACGAAAAAAGAAGUUACUCUGUGUUUAUGGACGAAAAGAACAACACUCAAAUAGAACAAGAGCUAUUAAAGAUCUCGGAGAGCGAAGUUGUUCAAAUGAGGGAAAGAGUAAUUGGUUUGAUCCCAAGAUUGACUUAUGCGCACCCAAACGCUACUAACUAUGAUUUGCCAGAUGCUGUUGAUGUAGCGUUACAUGCAUUAGCUAAACAAGUAAGGGACAAUGUUGUGUGA